CCUGAGUUCUGAAACUUUCUUCUUUGUAGAAAAAGAUAGAUUUUCAUGAUUAGAAGUUAUAAUCAUAUCCUACUUGUUGUUUUGUUAUCAUUCAUUCUCGAAUAUCAUUUGAGUGAGAUUGGGACUGGAAAGUUUGAGUUUAGAAUUGGGAUUUUUGAGAAGAUUUCUACGUUGGAGAUGUCGGAGCAUAAACAUGACGGGGAUGUGACGGAAAAGAAUAGAGAACAUUGGGACACGCACGCCUCAACCUACGACACACGUUUCCAGAAAACCGCCGACCAACUAAUCUCCAUCAUCCAAGAACCCCGCACCCUUUCUUUCAUCGGCGCCAACUGGAUCACCGAGACCUCUCCCCCAUCACACACCAUCAAACUCCUCGACUACGCCUGCGGCACCGGUCUCAUCACCCGUGCUCUCCUCCCCACCAUCACCCGCGCCAUCGGCAUCGAUCUCUCUUCCUCCAUGGUAUCGCAAUACAACGCGCGCGCCUCCAACCAGGGACUUUCUCCAUCCGAAAUGUUUGCGCAUCAGGGAAACUUGCUUUCCUCUGAGCCGGCCCCGGAAUUGGAGAGCGAAGAGCUAUAUCAAUUUGAUAUUGCGUUUGUGGGGUUGGGAUUUCAUCAUUUUUCGAAUCCGUCGUUGGCGGCGAGGAAGAUUGGUGAGAGGUUGAAGAAAGGGGGGAUUUUGGCGGUGGUGGAUUUUGAAAGUCAUGAUGGGUAUGGGAAUCCGAAUGGUCAUGGACAUCAUCAUGGACAUGGACAUGGACAUGAACAUCAUGAGGAAUUAAAUGAACAAGCUCAACAAGCGAAGGAAACAGUUACUCAUCAUGGAUUUUCUGAGGAGGAAAUCAAGAAGAUCUUCGUAGAUGCGGGUGUGGGUGCGGAUUUCGGGUAUAUGGUAUUGGGGAAGGGAAUUGUGUUUCAUGGAACUGGGGUUGAGGGAGGGAGAAAUGAUAUGAAGAGGGCGGUUUUUAUGGCGAGAGGUGUCAAGUUGUGAAAGAUUGUUUGUGACAAGUAGAUUUUCGAAGAGUCAAGAGAGGACAUGGAUAGUUUGAAAGGAAGAUGAUUGAGUGCUGGAAGCUAGAUUGUGAAGUGCGUGAUGUGCAAGAAAUAGAUUUGGCAAAGUGAUUUCGAGGGAACCUUUCUGGAAUCUGAAUACCUAAGCAUGGUAAACAGACAUCCCAAACACCAUCAAACUUCCACCUCAAACCCUCACAUCUCCAUGCCUACAAAAGAACACACACAUCAUAUCCUAGGAAAUCACUGUGCAAGUUCAACAGGCCUUUCAAUUUCGCAUCUCUCAAACUUUCCCUCCCUUGUACUACAACUACAACAACAUCUGCAUUUUUAAUCUCGAACAUUUUUCAAACUU